AUGGGGACACGAGGACCGACCCCCAUCGUGGUGUUGGGACACAGGAACAAGGGCUCCGACCCCAUCGUGGUGUUGGGACACGGGAACAAGGGCUCCGACCCCGUCGUGAUACUGGCGUAUGAGCGGGGUGAGGUGCGGGAGAGCCUCUCGCCCUACACAGGGCGCGUGGCCUUUGCCUCGGCCCCCACGCAGAGCGCCACCAUCAUCCUCAAUGCCACACGGGCCUCCGACGCUGGCGUCUACCAGUGCAGCGUCACCAACCCGCCCGACUGGCAGGCACCCAGCGUCGGCCUCAUCCGGCUCACUGUGCUUGUGCCACCCUCCAGCCCCGAGCACUCACGCGAUGGCAGUGCUGAGCCAGGCGGCCGCAUGCGCCUGGGCUGCGCCGUGCGUGAAGCUGGGCCCCGUACCGGGGGGGCCCUGCUGACGCUGCCCAUCCCACGGGGGCCAGGGGAGCUCCGGGCGCUGCUGACCCUGCACAACGUGACAGCCGGGACCGCGGGGCUGUACCGCUGCACCGUGGCCAACGCCUUGGGUGCUGCCUCCUGCACCCUGGAGCUCCGUGUCGGCACUGCUGCCCGCAGCACGCCAGGCAUGGCCGUGGGUAUCUCGGUCACGCUCACUAUGGCGCUGGUGCUCCUGGCCCUCUUUGCCCUGGCCCUCUGGCUGCAUCACCAGAGCAGCCACAAGCAGCCAGAGGAAGAAGAGGAGGAAGGGUCCUACAAUGAGAUCAGGAUCGACAGCUUUGCCCCGGGGCGCCUGGUUGUCUCCAAGCCCCCUGCCGGCGAGGCCACCCUGGCUCCACGGCCUGCUGGGCCCCUCUGGGUCUUCACCACCUCCACCCCUUGCACCACAUACGCCCACCCGACGGGAACCAGCACCCGCCACCCGCACAGAGCAGCCCGGCAGAAGGCUCCUCGGCCAGCAGCAAGGAAGAGGAAGGACGCUGGCUUCCUGCGUGCCGCCAGGAGCACCCUGGGGUUGCAACAAACCCCAUCCCUGAGAGGGGGACCAGAAGGACGAGCCUGGGCACAAGCCAGGUGA